GAGAAGCACACACACUCUCUCUCUUUACCAGAAUGGCUCCUACCUACACAAGCGGCUCUGCCAACACCAUGCUCUCUGCUGAAGACAUAGCAUAAAAUAAAUAUUAUUUAUAACAUAUGUUUGUGUCAUUGUUUACUAUUGAAUACUUUUCUUCAUGAUUUGAACUUUAAGGACAUAGAACUAACCUAAUGCCCUCUUCUCUUCAUCAGCUAAGAAAACCAGUUGGCGAGGAGAUGUGUAGAGACCGCAUCAACACCUGCAUAGAACAGCUCAAGACCCUGCUGGAGAGGGAGUUCCACAAACAGGACCCCAACACCAAGCUGGAGAAGGCUGACAUCCUGGAGAUGACGGUGGGGUUCCUGACGCAGAAGCUACAGCCUCAGUGCCCAGUCCCCCAGAGGGCCCACAGUGAGGGCUACUCCCAGUGCUGGAGGGAGACCCUGCACUUCCUGUCUUCCAGCUCCAUGAAGGACAUGAUGCUUCAGAACCUCCAGAGAGCUGGCCAGGACGUCUGCACCUCCUCACCACUCUCCUCCCAACAUCAACACCACAGCCAGGGCCCAGUGAAGCAGGCCACCAGUGGUCACAAAACAGUGUGGAGGCCCUGGUAGAACCACUACUUGGAGACUCUCUAUCUCACAAACUCACAAAUCUUUCUUGCUGCAGGAAAUACAUUUCCAAACUUUAUAUUGAAAUUAUAUUAUUUUCUUGUUAUAUAUGAAAUGAUUUCUACUGAUGUGAUUAUUAUUCUCUCUCAGAGAAUAAGCUGAAAAACAUAUUUGUAUCACUUUAUAAUGAAGAAUAUGUUUAAUAUUUUAUAUGUGUAUGUUUACGCGUGUAUGCAUUUUGAGCUCACUUGAUGCACCAAUGUGUCCUUUCGUCCUUUCAUUUUCUUUGAAAAGGAUUGUUAAGGUUAUAUAUUUACAUUUAUGGUUGCUUAGCCAACUGAAAUCUUGCAUUAACCAUAUUGUAUGUACUGACCUAUUGAAGGGUAUUUACAAAUGCUUUGAUAUGCCUUUUGUAAAGGCUUUUUGGGACAUUGUUGUUCCACCAUAGACACUGUUGUGCUGUGAAAUGUAUUGUUGACACUGUGUGUCUUUUAUUCUCACUUGAUAAAGUGAACAUACAUCCAAAAAGGAUUCCAAUGAAAUGUAACAAAUUUAACUGAAGUGGAAGUUAACAGGAAAUGACAGAUAAUGCAAACAGGCAGUGUACUGGUAAAUACUGUAGUUAAAAGUGCAGGUAUCUGUACACAUCAGCACAUGAGGAUUUAUUAUCGUGUUUAUCAGUGCAAUGUAUCUACUCCUGGGCAGAGAACAGCCUCACUUCUGAUUGGUGAAAAAAUAAAGUAAGGAUGAUAUGUAAAAAAAAUAAUAAUAAUAAAUUAUAAUCUUUCACUAAGUUAUCCAUUUAAUGCCCUUAAACCUAAGUUGUAUGGUCGCAAUUACUGUAAUGGAAUUCCCUAUCUAGCCCAUUACAUUGAAGCUCUUGGAGACUUCUGUAUUGCUGUGUGGGGCACCUAUUUUCAAAUGUAAGUGUUAAAAAUAGCUGCCUGACAGAAUAUAGUGAUCCACGUCUCGACACCAACCUGGAAAUCUUGCAUAUAGUUUAUCUGGACUUUUACAUGACCAUAUUCGAGACAACUUUUUGGGGUGGUAGGUAGCCUAGUGUUUAGAGCAUUGGACUAGUAACUGAAAGGUUCCAAGAUCGAAUCCCCGAGCUGACAAGGUAAAAAUCCGUUGUUCUGCCACUGAACUGUUCCUAGUCCGUCAUUGAAAAUAAGAAUUUGUUCUUAACUGACUUGCCUAGUUAAACAAAGGUUAAAUUAAUUGGAAGUAAUGUACAGCAAUUGGAAUAAUCAAGAGAUC